UGGCGAUUGGCGGUGUUGAUUGUAGAAUGCUUGAAUUUGCUUUUUAUAGUAAAACUUUAAUUAAAACUUUAAUUUUCGGUAAUAUAAUUUGUUUUCUUAACAUCUUCAUUACUUUUUUUUCAUAAAUUUUAUUCUUUAAUUAAUCUUUCUUCCAUUCAUUGUUUUUCUGUGAAUAAAUCUUCAAAUUUGAGUUUCCCAAAAACUCGGAGUUUCGCAAAAGAGUGAAACUUCCCAACAUAAUGUUAAAGGUUUUGGGGCGGUUUUCAAACAACUUUCCUUUUCCAAUAAUUGCUGAUGAAAAUCGUCAUUUGGCUACAAAAUUAGGAAUGCUUGAUCCACUCAAUUUGGAUUCUAUUUCUGGAAUACCUUUAACUGUUAGAGCCGUUUUCUUCAUUGAUCCACAAAAACGUCUUCGCCUCUCAAUUUUGUAUCCAGCAAGUACUGGACGAAAUUUCGAUGAAUUACUUCGUGUAUUAGACUCUAUGCGGCUUUCAGAUGAAUAUAUGUUGGCUACACCUGAAGGAUGGAAUAACGGUUCUCCAUGUAUGAUUGAACCAAAAGUUGGCAGUGAAGAGGCAAAUAAAUUAUAUUCUUCAAUUAAUACAUUACAACUUCCUUCCGGAAAGGGUUAUAUGCGUGUAGUAGAUCAACCAUUAAUUAAUGAAAAUAAAAAGGAAGAAAAUAAAUAA